CAAAGAUAACGUUGGCGAGUAGAGCCAGAAAGUAAAAACCAAACUGAAAAACGAAGCCUUUAUCAACAGAGGAAGCUAGCUAGCGUGAGACUUUUACCACUAUUAAGAUUCCAGUUCGGUCACAAAACCCGGAUCUUUCCCAGUUUCGUAACUGAAGCCAGUCGGUUUCUCCGCAUAAACUCGAGCCGAGGGUCACUCUUCCAAAUCCACCAAACCAUGGACCAACCAGACACCUCGCCCCACCAACCCAUUUUCUCCGACAGCGUCAUCGUAAAUGGCUCCGUUACGCCGUUAACGUUAUCCGCUGACGGCUUUCUCCUGUGGUCGGAGGCUGGUCAACGGCGUUUGACCGUGGAGAAGGAGGUUCUCGGGUUUGCAACGGAUGGUCCGAAGAUCAAGAUCAGAGCCCUCAUUGAAACAGGGGACAGAAUCUGCUGUUCCGGAAGCAGGGGAGCUCUGGUGAGGACCAACUUCGUGUUCGAGUUUUUGUCUCAGGACUCUCAGAGGCUCUUCUGCCAGAAACUUCGUCAAUACAUCGAUUCUCUCGGCCGACCUAGGAGAGUGCUUGUGUUUGUGAAUCCAUUUGGUGGAAGCAAAUCCGCUUCAAAGAUAUAUCUUGAUGAAGUGAGACCUCUUCUUGAGGAUGCUGAUGUCCAGUUUACAUUGCAAGAAACUCAACAUCAAUUGCAUGCCAAAGAAGUGGCUAGAACAUUAGAUCUUCCGAAGUAUGAUGGCAUCGUUUGUGUUAGCGGGGACGGCGUUCUAGUAGAGGUAGUAAAUGGACUACUUGAAAGGGAAGAUUGGGACACUGCAAUAAAGAUGCCUAUUGGAGUAGUUCCAGCAGGUACUGGAAAUGGUAUGGCAAAAUCUCUUCUCGAUUCGGUGGGUUAUCCAUGUGCAGUAUCUAACGCUGUUCUUGCCAUAAUUCGAGGCCAUAAGCGUUCGCUGGAUGUAACUACUAUAUUGCAAGGAGAGACCAAAUUUUUUAGUGUACUGAUGCUUGCUUGGGGUCUGAUAGCUGAUAUUGACAUUGAAUCUGAAAAGUAUCGGUGGAUGGGAAGCGCUCGUCUUGACUUCUAUGCUCUUCAGCGGAUUUUAAGUUUAAGGCAAUAUAAUGGACGUAUUUCUUUUGUGCCGGCACCUGGCUUUGAAGCCUAUGGAGAGCCUACUGGUGAUAAGAGUGAACUUACUAGUUGUAAGAACAUCGUUUGUGGUCCAAGUGAAGCGACAACCAUGGAGGUCCACGGGCAUGGCUACCAAGGACCCGAUUUUCUCUCGGGGAUUUCAGACUGGAGAACCAUUAAUGGACCAUUUGUUUCAGUCUGGCUUCACAAUGUUCCUUGGGGGAGUGAAGACACAAUGGCAGCUCCUCAGGCCAAGUUUUCAGAUGGCUAUAUAGACGUGAUAGUUAUGAGGGAAUGCCCGAAACUACCCUUGCUCUCAUUGAUGACCAAACUGAAUAAUGGAAACCAUGUCAAUUCACCUUACGUUAUGUACUUCAAGGUGAAAUCAUUCGUCUUGGAACCCGGUUCGCGUACAGAAGACCCUACAAAGGAAGGGAUUAUAGAUUCAGAUGGUGAGGUUUUGGCCAGAGGUAAAGGAACUUACAAGUGUGACCAGAAAACCUUGAUGUCCUAUGAUAAACUUCAGCUGACAGUUGAUCAAGGUUUAGCCACCUUAUUCUCCCCUCUAUAGAAAUUUGAUUCAAUCAGGCAGAGCCCUGGGACUGGGAUUUCAGCCUAUGUAAAAUCCACAUAUAAUUUUCCAAAGAGGAUAAGUUAGUAGAUUUUCUUCUCUUUAAACUAAUCAGAAAAAGAAAAAGAAAAAGAAAACUACAAUAAAAAUUAUUGGCUGAGAAUAUAUAGUGAAAAUUAUACUAGGUCUUUUACCGCACAAAUUUAAAAACAGGAUAAUUUUUAGUUGUCUCUUUACUUAAAUUACCAUUUUGAAUGCUUUCUUUAA